UCAACCAAUAGUAGUAAUUCGGCAUUAUAACCUCAAAAAAUAGUACCGCAAAAUUUUUUUACUUCCUUUACUAAUUAGCAACAUAAAGUGAUGUUUGUGGUCUUAAGAAAAUACAGAAAUGGUUCGCAUAAAUUUAAACUAAAACCUGCGGCGUAUCGGCUAAAAUCAACUACCGCUAAAAAAGAUUUUGCCGCUGCUUAUAAUCCAAAGUUAAUAGAAGAAAAUGCUGAUAAUUCGGAAUAUUUUUACGCCACCAAUAAUGGAAGAAAAUAUAGUUUAAUCCUUCCACCGCCUAACAUCACAGGAAUUUUACAUUUAGGACAUGCUUUGGCUGUUACUGUUGAAGAUGUUUUGGUUAGAUGGCACCGUAUGCGUGGGUUUGACACAGUAUGGGUUCCAGGGAUGGAUCAUGCCGGAAUUGCUACACAAGUCGUCGUCGAGAAAAAGCUUUAUAAAGAGAAGGGUUUGACUAGACACGAUUUUGGAAGGGAAGCUUUCGAAAAAGAAGUGUGGAAGUGGAAGGAAGAAAAAGAGGAAGUUAUUGGUGGACAGUUAAAACGGAUGGGUGUAAAGCUAGAUUGGCCCAGACAAAUGUUCACAUUGGACCGCAAGCAAUCCGUCGCCGUGACCGAGGCGUUCAUCAAAUUGUACGAUUCCGGUUUGAUAUAUCGGUCGGAUUAUCUCGUGAAUUGGUCCUGCGUCCUGCGGUCGGCGAUUUCGGACGUCGAGGUCGAACAUCUCGAGGUGACCGGAAGGACCGAGCUACCGGUGCCCGGAUACGACACUCCCGUCGUUUUUGGUCAGCUAUCGCAUUUUGCCUACAAAUUAUGCGAUGUCGAACCCACCGGAUCUUUACAAGGGGAUGGGGAAAUUGUUGUCGCCACUACCAGACCAGAGACGAUUCCAGGAGACGUGGCGGUUGCCGUUAAUCCGAACGAUUCCCGUUACGCUCAUCUUAUUGGACAAUAUGUCUGGCAUCCGCUUCGAAACGAAAAAAUUCCCAUAAUUGGGGAUUCUUUUGUUGACUCAGAUUUUGGAACAGGAGCGGUGAAAGUUACUCCAGCUCACGACCAUAACGACUUUGAGGUAGCGAAAAGACACGGUCUCACCUCUAUUCAAGUGAUCGACGAGGAGGGAAAACUGAGCGAUUCCUGCGGGAACUUGGCAGGUAUGCGAAGGUUCGACGCUAGGAAGGCGCUUCUCGACGAGCUGAAUAAAUUAAAUUUACUUCGGGGCACUCAGGAUCAUCGUAUGAUCGUGCCCAUCUGCGGCAGAUCCAGGGACGUCGUUGAAUUUCUGUCGAAACCGCAAUGGUUCGUUAGGUGCACCGAUAUGGCGAAAAGGGCUCUGCGCGAUUACGAGAACGGAAAUCUUACGAUCGAGCCGGAACACUUCGGGAAGAAUUGGACUACCUGGUUAGAAAACAUCAGGUAUCUACGAUUCAUUUUAUGUUUAACUUAUCUUAAGUGGUCUAAUACUGAAGAUCUUAAAAAAUUAUAUCCUCUAUCAAUCAUGGAAACUGGCCACGAUAUUUUAUUUUUUUGGGUAGCAAGGAUGGUUAUGUUAGGUACACAAUUAACUGGUCAACUUCCGUUUUCUAAAAUUCUUCUGCAUGGAAUAGUUUGUGAUGCGCAUGGAAGGAAAAUGUCUAAAAGCCUUGGGAACGUAAUCAGCCCUGAAGAUGUUAUACAUGGAAGUACUUUGAAGGAAUUAGAGAAUGCUCUGGACAAGAAUUACAAAUCUGGACUGAUUACAAAGGAGGAAUUCAAUAAAGCAAUCGCUGGACAGAAGAAAAUGUUUCCAGAAGGAAUACCUCAAUGUGGUGCUGAUGCCUUAAGGUUUACUUUAUGUUCCCAUAAUAUUAAAAAUCACUUCGUAAAUUUCGAUGUGCAAGAAUGCAAAAUCAACAAAUUUUUCGGGAACAAGAUAUGGCAGGCUGUAAAGUUUGCGAACAAGUGGAUUGAAACAGUAUUGGUUGCUCAAGAAAUUGGAAACUUAAAAUACGAAUCGCUGGGCAAAAUGGAUAAAUGGAUACUAAGUAAACUUUCCGGGAUGGUGAAGAUUGUAAAUGAUUCCAUGGAAAGGUACGAAUUUCACAACGCUACCGCUGCUCUGAAAAAUUUUAUCUAUUAUGAAUUCUGCGAUAUUUAUUUGGAAUCCGCAAAAAGGGGUCUGAGGUCGACGGAGAGUAAGGCUGCUGCCGGCCACAUCUGGACGAUGGUCGUUUGCUUGGAUGUGGGUUUGAGGUGUACGGCUCCAUUUAUGCCCGUUCUAUCCAGCCAUCUGCACGAGCGCUUGAACGUGGAGUCGGUCCUGACGUUCACGCCACGUCGAUUCGAUUUUCCGCAGGAGGAAGCUCAAUGGAGCUGCCCGACAAUUGAGGACGAGGUCGACGGGAUAAUGGAAGUGGUAGCGUCGAUACGGAGGCUGAAGAAGUUGUUCAACGUAACGGCAAAGCAUAAGCCGAAAGCAAUCCUAGUUACAAGAUCCCCAAUAUACACAGACUACCUAAACACCAUUCAAGACUUAUCCGGAUGCAACACAAUACAGAUUCAUCAAGAUAUUGAACGAAAAGAUGAUAUGGUUGUGGAUAAAAUCGGUGAUGUUACCAUUUUAUUGGAGGUACCGCAAGAACUACGCGACAAAUUCGAUGUGGACGUCCGAAAGCUCCAGGUGAAGAAGUCGAAAUUGGUUGGGGAACUUGAAAAGAUUAAAGCUAUGACGUCGACCGAGGGCUACAAAUUGAACGCGACGGAAAAAACGAAGGAGGUGAACGCAAAGAAAAUUGCUGGUUUAGAGGAAAAAAUUACUAGGAUAAAUUACAUGGAAUCAUUUACUAAGUAGUCGUUUGAAUUAAUAAUUAGUUUAUAAUUAAUUAGUCUAUAUUUUAUUAAAAUAUAAUUUUGAUUUUGUAAUAUUUUUGCCUUGGCAAUAAAUGCUUCCCAUUAA